CCUGGUAGCACAAAGAUUAUUAAGAUUACUUCCUAAAAAAAAUAAAAACAAAGCUUUAACAAAAGAUAAGAGAGAGAGAGAGAGAUGAGUUGUGUAGUUCGUCUUGUUGUGAUUCUCCUCUUGACGCUUACAGUUACAUCUUCAGCUCGUAGUUCUGUCACCGUUUCAGGUAUUGGGAUGAUUGGAACUGAAAGGAGGUCGUUGAUGGUGAGUGUUGAGGAUUACGGUGACCCGUCUGCAAAUCCUAAACACAAUCCCGGUGUUCCUCCGGCUACGACCGCCCAACGCAGCCCCAGCAGAGGCUGACCUAACGUUAGUAAAACCCACAUGGGAAGAAGAAAUGAAAUUCUCAGUUUUACAUGAGAUGAAACCAAACUCAGUCUCUACAAGUUUCUCCAAUCUGCAUAUUGAUAUAUACGUUUCUCCUAAUUUCUAAUAUCUUUUGUUUCCUUUAGAAGAUGGCUAGAUGCCUUUAUUCCAGUUUGGGUCUAAACAAAAAUGAUUGAAGCAAA